UUAUUAAAUUAAAUUAUUAAAUUAGAGUAUGUGUUAAGGGUUAUAUUUUCAUGAAUUUAUAAUUAUAUUUUUUUCUUUCUUUAUUUUUGAUAUUUCCCCCCCAAAAAACUAAACAUAAACAUGGCCAUGUUUGAGCUUAAUCUUCAGGUGUUAAUCCUUUCUACUUAGUUUUGAAAUAAGUUUAUGGUAGAGCAAUCAAUGGCACUCAGACGAUUAGCCUGUGUUGGUUCAUCCACCACUAUUUUUCACAGUAUUACUCGUCACAAUUUCUCUGUAUCCUCGGCUGAUCAAUUCGCAUUCAAGUUUGGCUCUUUUAAGACCGAGGAUGACCAAGGCUUUCAGAAAUGGCAUAAUGGAGGUGGAACUUUCCACAAGUCAGCGUGUGUUGCUGCAACAGCGCUCAUAGAAAUUGGUGCCAUAGUUCAUCCAGAAGCUGUCAUUGGUGCAAAUGCUCAUAUUGGAUCAGGGGCUAUUAUUGGACCUGCUGUAACAAUUGGUCAAUCAACAAAACUAGGGUAUAAUGUUGCACUCAGUAAUUGUGCAAUUGGUGAUUAUUGUGUUAUCCACAAUGGAGUGUGCAUUGGUCAAGAUGGAUUUGGUUUUUUUCUGGAUGAGCAUGGCGAUAUGGUGAAGAAGCCUCAAAUCUUGAAAGCACUGAUAGGGCACCAUGUGGAGAUAGGUGCAAGUACAUGCAUUGACAGGGGCAGUUGGAGAGACACUACAAUAGGGGAUCAUACAAAGAUAGAUAAUUUAGUUCAGAUAGGUCACAAUGUGGUUAUCGGGAAAUAUUGUAUGCUUUGUGGACAAGCUGGGAUUGCUGGUUCAGUGACGAUGGGUGACUAUGUAACUUUAGGUGGACGGGUAGCAGUUCGUGAUCAUGUCUCUAUUGGUUCAAAGGUACGGCUAGCAGGUAAUAGCUGCGUUACCAAGGACAUCAAUGAGCCUGGAGAUUAUGGUGGCUUUCCUGCUGUUCCAAUUCGUGAAUGGCAAAGACAAGUUGCUAUCCACCACCGGACAUUGAAGUUGAAAGAGAAUUACUUGGAAGAUAACAAAGAUGAAGUUAAGGGUUUAACUUGUAUGGAAUGUUGCUGAUUUUUAUAUGCUGUUGUGAGGUUAUAGGUUUAGUGCAAUCACCUAAUGAUGAACACAAAAAGUUGAUACAAGAGAAUUUUGUUGAUGUGUAACCCAUUAGACAGUUCAAACAUGCUUAGAUUGAAUUAUACAAUAUUUAAACAAAUCGAUGAUAUUUGAUUAACAA